UUCUUGUAUCAAAAAAGAAUCUUGUGUCUUAACUUGUGCUAUAUCUUGAUAUGUUUCUUUCAUGUAGACGGUUGGAGCAGAAGCAUUGAGGAUUGGUGUAAAUGGGCCAUGGGUCACUAAAUCAUACCUUGAAAUGAUUCUUGAAAGUAGAGGUGUACCACGCCUUAAUACACCACCACUUUUGUCUAAUACAUCUACCACUAUUGUUCAAGAAAGGUUGAUUACUGCACCAAAGCCUCUUCGAAUUGCUUCGAACCUUGUGUUUGAAGAUUUAUCUCAGCCAUGGACUCAAUCGCCAACAAAAUCCCAAAUGGAACCUGUACUAGCAACUUGGCAUUUUGUCUCACCAGAUCCUCCACUUGCUGAUGGCUCUGUCAUUGCUACAGAUCCUUCUUCUUUCAGGGAUAGCCUGCAGCUUGCUCCAAUGCCUGAUUCAUAUGACUUGGAUAGGGGAUUGCUUCUUGCUGUUCAAGCAAUACAGGCUUUGUUGAAGAAUAAAGGUCUUCCAGUUAUAGUUGGAAUUGUCACUUCUGAUACAAGGAAAAGGACAGUUCAAUUGCUCUACUCCUGGUAUACAAGCCGAUCUUUGUAAUGCUACAAAUCCUGAAUGCUCUCCUUAUGUUCUCAGGGUUAUUCCUGGAAAAACAUACUGACUACGGAUUGGUAGCUUAACUGCUUUAGCAGCUCUCAGUUUCGAAAUAGAGGCCACACCUUUACUUCUGACAGUGGCAGUUAUUGAGCUCAGUGAUAUUGCAUUCACAAUGGGUUCCCUUUGUCCCUGUCCAUGUUAGGUGUAUACAUUCAAAGAGCUUGAGGAUUUUGUAGUUAGUAUUUUAGUGAUAAUUUGAUGCCCAUUUUCAGAUUGACUCUAUACCAGCAGUUUUUGGUGUUACUCGAGACCCUUCCGUAGUUUUCACAUCUAAUUUCUUUGCCAUCUUAGG